AUGCCAGGGCAGAUUAACUACACUUCUGGAUCGUUAGGCAGGGCAAAGAAGGUCCGCAUCGGCAAGCGUAGGGUGAAGAACCUCCCCAAACAGCUUUUCGGACGCCACAGGUAUAAUCCGCUGAUAUUGGAAGAGGUCGAACGACACUCAGUGACUUCAUCAUCAUCCGCUAGUUUGGUGUUUCAAGAAUACGAGGAGGACAGACGAAACGAGAUUCAAUGGGAUUAUUCAUGGGCAAGGGAGAUUGAAAGGGAGAGAAGGGUAAGGCGGUCAGGCUCAGCACCUGAAGUUCAUCAGAGAAGACCCCAAGCAAAAGACCAAGUACUUAGCCAGCAAGCCAAACAAUCUGGCGACACUGUUGCCACCUUGGCUCUCUCAAGACAACAGACAGGAGACCAAGCCUUGAAAAACCAACCGCAAUCUUCCUUCAAAUGUGUGCGAACUGCUCCCCAUGCCUCCAAGCUCAAGAACAUUUCCUGCGAUAGAUUACAAUCAAGAACAAUCCACACCUUUGGCCACAACCAAUUGAAUAGGCAAUCUCAGGUUAUCGCACAAAACAAAAAAAGAGACCGAAGUGGCGGAUUGAAGGGUUUACAUUAG